AUGCCUCGAAUUUCUAAACAGGCUCAACUUCAACAACAAUUUGUUGAUACUACUCAAAGUACCCUUCUAAUAGCAGAAACUUAUUUAAAGAAAUUUCAUAAUAAUAUAGAUGAAGCAGUUGAACAAUAUUAUAAAGAUUCAGAAAAGGAUUCAGAAUAUGAUAUACUGAAAUUUGAUAAAAAAUUACUUAAAUUAUAUCAAAUUUAUCAAGAUCCAUCUGAUUAUGGAAAGAUUAAUAUUGAAGGUACAAUGAAAUAUUUACAAGAUUUAGGAAUUGAACCAGAAGAUUUAGAAAGUUUAACAUUAGCUUAUUUACUUGAUAGUAAUAAAAUUGGAAUUUUUGAACAAGUUAAUUUUUUAAAAUUUUGGAGUCAUUAUAAAAUUAAUGAUAUUAAGAAAAUGUAUUCAUUUAUUAAGAAAAUUCAUCAACAAAUUAUUAAUCAAGAUAUAACUAAAGUAUGGUUAAUUAAAAAAAAUGAAGAAGAAGAAAUAAAUUUUAAAGAUGUUUAUGAAUAUACUUUUUCUGGAUUAUUAGAAGGAGAUAAUCAAAAUAAACUUGAUUAUGAAUUAAGUAUUGAUUAUUGGAAAUUAUUAAUUCCAGUAUUAAUUAAUAAACAUAAUCAAAAAUUUAAUAAAUCAAUUAAAGAUCAAAUUAAUAUUAGAUUAAAUCAAUGGUAUGAAUUCUUAGAAAAUGAUUAUAAACAAAGUAUAUCUCGUGAUAAAUGGAAUAUGUUUUAUCUUUUCGUUCAAGAUAUAAUUAUACCUGAUCCAAUAAAUUUACUGGAAUAUGAUGAAAUGGCUGCUUGGCCAACUAUUAUGGAUGAAUAUAUUCUUUAUUUACGAGAUAAUGAAUUACUUAAAUAA